UUUUAAUUCUUAUGGAAUUUAGGGGUUUUUCUUCCCCAUCGUUUCUUUCAUCUCUCAAUGUCUAAUUUCGUUUAUCAGCAAACCUAAAUAUUCUGUCUUCUAUGGGUUAAUUAUUCUUCUUCUUCUCAUGCUAAUUAGCUGGUGUGCUGGAAUUACCUUCUCCUCGGUGACAGCUGCUUUUGGCACAGUUGGCUUCAUUAUUUUCUUCCUUCUCUCAGCUGUUCUGCCUCAUAUCCCAUAAAUUCUGCAUUCUUUGUGUCCUUUUUCCCCAGGCUUUGUUCCCUCAGGUCAUUAUUAAAUGUAAAUAAAUUGGUUUUUGUGCCCUUCAGCAGCUCCCUGAGCUCUUUCAGAGUCUUUCCUUUGGGUUUAAAACCAACAUUUUUGGUCCACCAUAAAUCAACUCUGUCGUGGCUUUACUCAAAACCAGAACAAUAAAUAAAUGGGUGUACAAUGGAUUUAUUUCCAUUUAUUUGUGGGGUUUGGCAAUGUCUCCUUCUCUUACAGAGGGUGUUUCUUUGAACUCAAAUGGGUGAUGAAAAGGAUUCUUGGAAGGUGAAGACUUUAGAUGAGAUUCUCCAGGAGAAGAAACGAAGGAAGGAGCAAGAGGAGAAGGCAGAGAUCAAACGUAUGAAAAAUUCAGAUGACAGGGACUCCAAGAGGGAUUCUCUUGAGGAGGGGGAGCUGAGGGACCAUCGCAUGGAAAUCACCAUCAGGAACUCACCCUACAGGAGGGAGGACUCCAUGGAAGACAGGGGAGAAGAAGAUGAUUCCUUGGCCAUCAAACCACCCCAGCAAAUGUCCAGGAAGGAAAAAACCCAUCACAGGAAGGAUGAGAAGAGGAAAGAGAAACGCAGGCACAGGAGCCACUCUGCAGAAGGGAAACACGCCAGAGUGAAAGAGAAGGAACGGGAGCACGAGCGCAGGAAGAGGCACAGAGAAGAGCAGGACAAAGCCCGGCGUGAAUGGGAGAGGCAGAAACGGAGAGAGAUGGCCAGGGAACAUUCCAGAAGGGAGAGAGAUCGUUUGGAGCAACUGGAGAGAGAAAGGGAAAGAAAAAUCCGGGAGCAGCAGAAGGAGCAGCGAGAGCAAAAGGAGAGAGAGAGGAGAGCUGAGGAGAGGAGGAAGGAGAGGGAGGCCAGGAGAGAAGUUUCUGCACACCAUAGAACAGUGAGGGAAGAAUAUGGAGACAAAGUAAAAAUGAGACCCUGGAGUCGCAGCCCCUUGCGCCAGCAGAGAGACAAGCUUGAGCAAGGAGAGAGCAGGAAACCAGCAGUAAAAGAAGAGAAACCAGAAGAGAGGGAUCCUCUGUCAGACCUGCAAGACAUCAGUGACAGUGAGAGAAAAACCAGCUCAGCAGAGUCCUCCUCAGAAUCUGGGUCAGGCUCAGAAGAGGAGGAGGAAGAGUCCAGCAGCGAAGGCUCUGAGGAGGAGGGAGAGGAAGAGGAGGAGGAGGAGGAGACAGGGAGCAACUCUGAGGAGGUGUCUGAGCAAUCAGCAGAGGAGGUGAGCGAGGAGGAAAUGAGUGAAGAGGAGGAACGGGAGAAUGGAAACCACAUCCCAGCUGAGUUCAUUUCAUCCUCACAGCUCCUCUUUCCAGCACUGAUUCUGACUGUUGAAGUUCCAGAGUCGAGGUUUGACCGGGAUUCUGCGGGCAGCGAGGCGGAGGAGGAGGAGCUGGGGGAAGGCUCCCCUCACUCCAAUGCCAUGACAGAAGGGGAAUACAUUCCUGACUCUCCAGCCUCCUCCCCCAUCGAGCUGAAGCAGGAGCUCCCCAAGUAUCUCCCUGCCCUGCAGGGCUGCCGCAGCGUGGAGGAAUUCCAGUGCUUGAACAGGAUUGAAGAAGGAACCUAUGGUGUGGUGUACAGGGCCAAGGACAAAAAGACUGAUGAAAUCGUGGCUCUGAAGAGACUGAAAAUGGAAAAGGAGAAGGAAGGUUUCCCCAUCACUUCUCUGAGAGAAAUAAAUACAAUUCUGAAAGCACAGCACCUGAACAUUGUCACUGUCAGAGAGAUUGUUGUGGGCAGCAACAUGGAUAAAAUCUACAUUGUGAUGAAUUAUGUGGAGCACGACCUGAAGAGCCUGAUGGAAACCAUGAAGCAGCCGUUCCUGCCAGGAGAAGUGAAGACUUUGAUGAUUCAGUUGCUACGAGGGGUCAAACACCUCCACGACAAUUGGAUCCUUCACAGAGACUUGAAAACUUCCAACCUGCUGCUCAGCCAUUCAGGCAUUUUAAAAGUUGGAGAUUUUGGCUUGGCCAGGGAGUACGGCUCUCCCCUGAAGCCCUACACGCCCGUGGUGGUGACCCUGUGGUACAGAGCUCCAGAGCUGCUGCUGGGAGCCAAGGAAUAUUCCACAGCCAUAGACAUGUGGUCAGUGGGGUGUAUUUUUGGGGAGCUGCUGACACAGAAGCCUCUGUUCCCAGGGAAGUCAGAAAUCGACCAGAUUAACAAAGUUUUUAAGGAUCUGGGCACUCCCAGUGAAAAGAUCUGGCCUGGUUACAACGAGCUGCCCGCAGUGAAGAAAAUGACCUUCACAGAGUAUCCCUACAACAACCUGCGCAAGAGAUUCGGGGCCCUGCUCUCAGACCAGGGCUUUGACCUCAUGAACAAUUUCCUGACGUACUACCCAGCACGGCGCAUCACGGCCGAGGACGGGCUGAAGCACGAGUACUUCAGGGAGACCCCGCUGCCCAUCGACCCCUCCAUGUUCCCCACCUGGCCAGCCAAGAGCGAGCAGCAGAGGGUCAAGAGGGGCACCAGCCCCAGGCCCCCCGAGGGAGGGCUGGGCUACAGCCAGCUGGGUGAUGAUGACCUGAAGGACACAGGUUUCCAUCUGACCACCACCAAUCAAGGAGCCUCUGCUGCAGGACCUGGCUUCAGCCUCAAGUUUUGAACUCAACAUAAAAAAAAAAGGAGGGGGGGAAAAAAAUCCCCAAAAAUCAAAACAAAAACAAAAGCACCAUUCAUGUGAGUGGAUUGGGGUGCCCCAGUUCUGUUCUGUGUCAGGGGCACCAAAUGUUUUUCCCUGUGAAAAAACCUCAGAGAUUAUCACAGAUUCCAAGGCUCUUGUUUUAUAAAUCAAUGUGGAGUUCAACUGCUGCAUUCCAUGGGAGGACUGGAGUUACCUGAAAACCCCAGAUCAUCACAAACUGUGACAAAGGACAACUUGAAAAAACAGUCCUAGAACAGUUUCUGGUUUAUUUUUUUGUUGAGUUUGUUUUGUUUUGGUUUUUUUUUUUUUCCCUUGUAAAUUUGUAGAAUUAAAACACAUUUUCAAUUGUUUAAUAGUGUGAAGGAUUUCAUUGCUUCACAUGCAGCAAAGUGGGAUGUUGGUGACAGUAAAGAGAGUUGAGUUUUUAUUUUAAGUAAUAAAUUGUUUGUGUCUGAAUAUAUUUGGGGCAAAAAGAAAAAUUACAAUUAUGAGGUUUGUAUCCUUGGAGGGAGCUGGGCUGGGUUUGAUACUCCCUGACCAGAUUUUUUCUUUUUUUGUUGUUCUGUAAAUGUAUUUACAGUGGUGCAAAACAAAUUACUCUAUUGUUUUAUAAAUCAAAAAGAUUUAAUAAGGAGACUUGAAACUUUA